AUGGACCCUCGCAUAGGUUAUGGAUGCACCCUCUAUUUCUCUAUAGUCGUUCUUUUCCUCAGCGGACCCCUUGAAGUGUGGAGCUUCUCGGCUCACAAAUCGACGUAUUUCCUAAUUCCAGGCGUACAUCUAUCCAAACUCUGCUUAGGGAAGCCUCCAGCCGCAACAGGGUCCCCUAUCCGUGCAGCACCAGCCGCAGUAGUAGGAAACGGUACUAGUGCUGAGCACCCCGUCUGGUCAGUGUCUGAUCUGCCAGAGGCAGAGAGCGCUCUUCUUUCAGCAGCAGUGGCAGCAGCAGACCGCCACAAAGUAGAAGACUUCGUUUGUCUCAUCCGCUGCUCCGCAUGGAACAUCUCUGGAGAGAUACGUGAGCAAGAAAGGCUCCUCCUUCAUGUCAAACGAGAAACCCUCAAAUCUCCUCUUGGCCGCCCAGUGCCCAAGUCCUUAUGCCUAGAGCCUACACAUUUAGGGCCCCCUGAGGGGAUCCCACAACCGCAACAGAAGAUGAAAGAGGACUUGCUGAGCCACGAGUGGGAGAUGAUGCUGCUUGCUACCGGCUUCAGCCCAACACACCUGGACUCCGUUGCAGAGACAAUCAUUCACGUCGGUCAAACACACAUCUCUGAGGUGAUACAAAAUCAUGGUGUGUCUACCUUUGAGGGAAGGGAUGGACGGGGCCACAGUGGUUGGGUGGCUCUGAGCUUUGGCAAGUUGCAGGUCCACCUCAUGACCCCUAUAACUCGCCAGAAGUACGCCCUUGAGAGGCUCCACAGAGAUAAACCCAGAAUAGAUCUCGCACCCUUGCUCAGCGACCAACAUCAAGACACUAUAUACCAACUGUGGGGGGGAAAGAACUCAAUGAUAACUGGAGACUUCGAGGGAGGUCCGCUAUCUAGCGCAACGCAGAGGAGACUAGCUACACCCAUGGAUGCUAAGAAUGGCUUCAAUAUGGCAAGACACGUUCAGGGACUGAACACUGUGUUCUCUUCUAAACUUGGGAUCGGUGGACGUAGUGCCGAGCUAUGGCCUGACUAUGCCCUAGUGAUCCAAGCUGGCUAUAGAGCAACACCCAACCACUUAAAUACAGCAAAGAGGCCUGAACUUGAAAACGAUUCGACAACAAACCACCAGGGAAGCAGAAAGGUUUCGCAGGAAUCUGCACAGCAGCAGUAUUUGCUGCGGAAGCACCUAGCUCGCAGCGAGUAG